CGAUUGUGUUAUCGACCCGCUCAACUGUACAGUGUCCACGAAAUGCACCUAAUAUAAAAUAGAACUUUAAAUUCAAUUAAAAUGGUUAAAACAAGGGCGGCGCAGCGCGUUUUACCCGAAACAUCAAUCCGAACAAAAAGGUCUGCAAAUUCCGCUUGGAAAGAUGACGGUGGAGCUAUUUCGUCGGCCCCAAAGCCGCCGAGUCGGAUUCGGAAUUGCGUAGUUAAAAUAAAGCGCUUAAAAAUUGGAGAAUGUCGGAUAUCUGGGGAACUUUAUCAUAAUAACAGCGUCUUUGAGCCUGCUCGCAACUCCACGAUGUACGCUCCGAAAAAGAGGCCUGCAAAACCGAAACAUCCACCCGCCAAUGCAAAGGUGUUGUCGGGACCAAAGGAAAUAUCAACACGCUUGAAGAAAGUAAGCCCUUCCAAACCAGUUCCAGAGUAUUCUACGACGAAAAAGGCUCGCUUCUUUCACAGAGACCAACCGCCAACGAGAUCCAGGUCCUCAGUGACCCGCAAUGUUUACGAUUUUCUCUCGCAAUCCCAGAUAGAAGAUGACAAUACCAGGGAGGAUCCAGCCGCCGACAUAAUCCAGCGCUUGGUGGAGAACGGCAAGGCCUGCGUGAUGAUUCCCUUAAAAGCGGGCGGGAAACUAAGAGCCAAGAUUAAGAAAAGGCGGCCAGUGGGCAGGCGGAAACAAUGCUCUCUGGAAAAUCUGGCUGGAGAAACGGCCAAAACUGAAGCCAAGAAAUCUGGGCCUUUGAGGCAGCGAGAAGUUGCACGCGCCCUAUCACCAAUUUAUGAACCCGAGGAUGAUUCAAGUAACGAUGCGGAGGAAGCCUACAACGAGCCCAUUCAAGUGCCUGUCCAGGUGCAUGCGCCGCCGGAUCCCGCGGUCCAGAGUAAUGCUUCUAAGCAGAUCAGUGAUGGCGCCUACAGCCAUUUAGCCCGUUCCGUGCUGUUAAAUCAAACCAAGGCGCAUGAUGAGCAGCAAGCUUCAAGCAGGCGUCGCGAUUUGCUGAACAUGGCUCGACAGUUGGUAAGCACUCCGCUGAAUCGCAAAGCUGUCACGGUACCCGAACCCAAUUCAACGACCCAUAACAUAUCCCCGAUUCCCCGCCAUCCGCCCAAUUCAGCAGCGAGUCCGGGGGGAGGUGCUUCUCCUUGGCGCGUUUCCGACCAGUCAGCAAUGCCAAAUACUUUUACGUUUGGCUUUAAUACCUCUAAUCUGCCAUCGUACUCAAGUGACCAUACGACGCGACCGCGUCACGUCUAUGUGCCGGAUACACAGGGACAGGAAGAAGCGGCACCAGUGAACGAGAAGGAGAGCUUCUGCAAUACUUUGCACGACCCUAGCCCCAGUGUGAACGACUCCAAUGAAGAGAAUCGGCCGCCGCCCACGCCCAGCAGAACACUUCUAGCUAAUGAGCUGGAGAACGCAGAGAAUGCAAAUGAUGCUGAUAACUUUGUCCACUUGCCGAACCCUCGGAAAACUCUGACGAAGCGCAGGCCCUUUCAAGACAUCAACAUUUUGGAUGUGGUGGUGCUGCCGUCGUGGAAAAAGAAUGUUCAAGUCACUCCUUCAAAAGAUACCACUUCACCCAAGGUAGAUACUGCAACGCCAACACGACAACGCAGUCAGACGCGAGCGAACCUCUUUGGCUAUGACGAGAUUUUGCCAUGUGAAGAUCAACCAACGAACGCCACUGACCAGCGUGCCUCAAGCUCUCGUAAUCUCUUUGGCUUUGAGGACUUUCUUCCUGAGAACGAAGUAGUGACAUCCGCCGCCCGCUCCUCAACCUUGAGUCAAAACGAAACUUUGCAUGAUAAGCUUCACCGACUGGGAGGACUGCGGCCAAUGGACAUUGAGCUGGCACACGCAUCCUCCAAUUCGCUACGUCAGGAUUGCUUUGGGGAAGUGCCAUUGUGUCAGCGCGAUAUCAGACAAGUAAUGUGCUCCACGAUGAUUGCGCCCAAAAAUCCACCGAGAAGAAAACCUGCACUGGCUGCAGACGAAACAAUCGGAUUGUUUAGGGAUGAGGCAGAACUAGAGACAACAUUUGACAAUAAGAAGCCAAGGCGAACGUAUGUUAAGGAGCGACCGAAGCGUAAGCGAAAGCAGCGAGUGCACGUUUUGUACAUAGACACGGAUUCGUCUGAGGACGAGAAUGAGCAGGACCUGCUGGAUAACAGCGUCGACUCUCCGCAGAAGAAACAGCAAUUGAAACGACCACGCAAGGAUGUCGAGCAUGAGGCUAAAUUGCAGGAAUUCAUUACCAGUUUCAACAGGGAGUGCGAAGAAGUUGAGAAAUUUUCUCUAAUAAUUGAAUAAUCGCAUCACCACCCAUGUUUUUUUUAUUAUUAUUAUUGUUUUUAUUUGAUCUGUAACUAUUUAACUAAAAGAAAAACUCGAAUAAGCUUGUCCGAUGUACCUUAUUCAUUAGGAUAGAAAUGUAAGAUUAUAUUGUGUUUCCACGAAAUGGCAUAUGUAGUAACCAUUAGUCUAAACUGUAUUACGGUUCUAAAUAAUAGUAAUAAAAGUUAGUAAGUGUCUACCAGAGCACUUUAUUUAA